AUGCAUUCCCUGAAGACUUUAACAACCUUGUUUUGUUUUAUCACUGCGAUCCUUGGUGACUUGAAAACGGUGGCCAGUAGUCGUAGCUGUGAGCCUAUUAAGGUCCCUCUCUGCAAACGAUACCUGCCCUAUAAUAUGACAAUGUUCCCAAACGCACUGGAGCAAUUGUCACAGAAACACGCCCGUCAGAAAAUCGAUCUUUUUCGCGCCAUCGUUGCUAUAAAUUGUUCGCCGGAGGCAGGUUUUUUCCUGUGUUCGUACCACUUGCCAAUAUGUGCUCCAUCGUUCAAAUCCAGGCCAAUUAGACCGUGUAGAUCAGUCUGCGAGAAAGUCAUGUCCGACUGCAUGGCAACGAUUAGAAAGUAUAAAGGAAAAUGGCCAGAAGAUGUUGUGUGCAAGGACCUCCCUUCCUAUGACAGUGAUGUAUGUGUGACCCAAGACUCUUUCGUCAACUCG